CGUCCCCGGGGCGGCCCGGAGCCGCGUCCCCCGGCUGCUGUCAGGCGCUGGCGGCGGAAAUGAGGCGCUGGCCGUUUUCCGAGCCGGGGUUUCCUGCCUGAGCGCCGAGAGGCCGUGCGACGACGACGCCAUGGGCCGGCCGGGCCCCGACCCGCAGCUUGCGCGGUAAGCGCGGCCCCGCCGAGCGCGCUUGGAGGAACCGGGCGGCCGCCUGCGCCCCGCUUCUGUUUUUCUGGCGUUUCCUCAUUCUGUUUCUCUUCCCCAAUCCCAGAGACCGCAGCGAUGUGGGCGCGGAGCCCGGCCGCCCCGCCUCGCUCUCCGCCAUGAACGGGCCCACCGUGCAGCCGUCCCGCACGUCCUCGGCACCCGCGUCGCCCGCGUCCCCGCGCGGCUGGAGCGACUUCUGUGAGCGGCACGCCGCGGCGGCGGCGCGGGAGCUGGCCCGCCAGUACUGGCUGUUCGCGCGCGCGCACCCCCAGCCGCCGCGCGCCGACCUGGUGUCGCUGCAGUUCGCCGAGCUUUUCCAGCGCCACUUCUGCCGCGAGGUGCGCGAGGGCCUGGCGGGGCCACCGGGCCGCGACUACCGUGCCACUGCCCCGCAUCACCGCCCCGCGCUGCCCAAGGCACGCAGCUCCGAGGACCUGGGCCCGCGGCCGGCCUGCGCCCUGCAGCACCUGCGCCGCGGCCUGCGCCAGCUCUUCCGCCGCCGCUCGGCCGGGGAGCUGCCGGGGGCCGCCAGCGACCCCAGCGACCCCGACCCCUCCGCCGCCACCAGGCCGGGCCCAGCCCGCAAGCUGCUACCCUGGAGCCUGCGGGAGCCGCCGGCCGAGGCGCUUAAGGAGGCGGCGCUGCGCUACAGCCUGGCGGACGAGGCAGCCAUGGACAGUGGCGCGCGCUGGCAGCGGGGUCGCCUGGUGCUGCGGGCCCCCGGUCCAGGCCACGGCCGCCUGCUGCAGCUCUUCGACCCGCCCAAGAGCUCAAAGCCCAAGCUGCAAGAGGCCUGCUCCAGCAUCCGGGAGGUCCGGCCAUGCACACGCCUGGAGAUGCCUGACAACCUCUACACCUUUGUGCUGAAGGUGCAGGACCAGACAGACAUCAUCUUUGAGGUGGGAGACGAGCAGCAGCUUAACUCAUGGCUGGCGGAGCUCAGAACAAGCACAGGCCAAGGGCCGGAGCGCAUGGACACAGAGCUAGCCCUUUCCUUCGUGGCAGAGCCUGGCCCAGCCAGCUCUCCAAGGGGAAGCACAGACUCCCUGGACCAAGGUGCUUCACCUGGGGCGAUGUUGGACCCAGCCUGCCAGAAAACGGAUCACUUCCUGUCCUGCUAUCCCUGGUUCCACGGCCCUAUCUCCAGGGUGAAGGCCGCACAGCUGGUUCAGCUGCAGGGCCCUGACGCCCACGGCGUGUUCCUGGUGAGGCAGAGUGAGUCCCGGAGAGGGGAGUAUGUGCUCACGUUCAACUUACAGGGCAGAGCCAAGCACCUCCGCCUGGUGCUCACGGAGCGUGGACAGUGCCGUGUGCAGCACCUGCACUUCCCCUCGGUGGUGGACAUGCUCCGCCAUUUCCAGCGUUCCCCCAUCCCGCUCGAGUGCGGAGCAGCCUGUGAGGUCCGGCUCUCUGGCUAUGUGGUGGUCGUCUCCCAAGCACCAGGUUCCUCCAACACAGUCCUCUUCCCUUUCUCCCUUCCUCCCUGGGACUCGGACCCAGGUCUUUCCCACCUCCACUCUGCUGGCGGUCCCCCCAGCCUUGGCACAGAGGCUCUCCCCGGCCGAGGGACACCCCCAGAGCAAAUCUUCCACUUGGUGCCUUCUCCUGAGGAACUGGCCAACAGUUUGCGGCACCUGGAACUGGAGCCUGUGAGCAGCGCUCGGGACUCAGACUACGGGAUGGACUCCUCUUCCCGGAGCCACCUUCGGGCCAUCGACAACCAGUACACCCCCCUCUCACAGCUGUGCAGGGACGCAAACUUGUGAAUGUAACCACCCUCCUUCCCUCCAGGGAGCUCCAGGCUGCGGUCAGCCUCCCCAGCUCAGAUGUGCCCUCCGCCGCCGGGCCGCCACAGGCCCGUCAGCACAGCCAGCCCUGGCUUCCCCACUGUUUACAGAUGGAGUUCUUGUGCACAGGUGCCACUAGCUGGUACCCUAGGCCCAGUCCCCGACCCAGAGGAGGGGGCUCCGGGCCCAGAGCUGGCAGUGGAGACUGACAGUCAGAGCUGACGACAGACUUCCUUCCUAGCAGGUAGGGUCAGCAGGAAGCACAGACAACACUAACAAGUCCCCGUCUCCUUCCCGCUCUGCUCCACCAGGACCCGUGCCAUUCUCAAGUCAGGCUAAGAGGCCUGCCUCACUCACCCGAGCUGAGCCAGCAGGCUCGUGUCCUUGUCUGCUCCUCUCAGGACGGUUGCCUGCUAUGGGUAGCCACUGUCCUCCCUCAUGCAGAGAAUGAAGUGUGUCACCCUUUCAGGGACAUCCAGGCAGCAGACAGAGAGGAGGGCAGCAAGGGACGUCCUACCCCAGUGCCUUAUGUGUAGAAAACAGGACUGCUUUACAGCGGCUUUCCAGAGGAUGGGAUGAGCAGUGGGGAGACCCGCACAAAUGGAAGGCUCCCCGGCCUGUGCAGUGGACCCAGAUUUAUAGCCCCCCCCCCAACACUCUUCAAGCAUCUAGUGGCUGGUACCGUGCAGAAACCCCUGUAAGAGGUCACAGUCAGUGUUCUGUCGAGGCGGCGGCAGCAGGGUCCCCGGUGGAAGGCUGUGCGCCCGCACACGCAAUCCCCGUGUAGACAGGGCUGCACUGGUGUGGCCUUUCCCAGGUGUGUGAGUUCACAGGGACUAGAGAGGGCAGCUCCUGAGCACAAAGGUGCCAGUCGGUGCAGCCUUGGGGCUUUUAUCAGCGGCUUUAGGGAAUCACAACUUAUCUUGGACGCGUUGGUCGGAGGUGAGCAUGCUGAACCCCUUAUCUGUUUACCUCUGUACUGUGCAAGCUCAUGUGGCCCUGAGCAGAUGGGGGUGGGGUGGGGUGAGGGGUCAGCCAGCUGUGCUUCGCCUUGAACACCCACCACUGUGUUCACGGAGCAAGGCACAUCCCACAUAGGUACAGGUUUGUGUUCCAUCUUUGAGAACUAGCUUUUCUUCAUUUUCCACAGAAGUAUGAACCAAAGAUAUAAGCAAUAUUCAGUCACUGGUCCAGACUCUUCUCUAAGCUGUGUAGGGAGGAAAGGGGCUGGGUGGACAGCGGGGUCCCUGCUCGUGGCCGGAAGCUCAACCAACUUCACGCUAGGGGCACUCACCUCUCCUGGGCCGUCAGACACAGCUCUGGGCAGAGAGGAGCACCUCCGCCCCGCGGCAUUGGGGCUCCUCCGCUGUGGAUGGCUUCCUUUCGAAAGGCCUCUAUUAUGACAAAGUCUCAUGGCCCUGGGACAGAGUGGCGCUCAGCCAACACCUUUUCUUUCUGCUAGUGUAGGUCCAGUUGGCUUGAAGGGGAGCUCAGUGAGGCCCCAUUCCCACCCCAGCCGUCCCGACAGACCGCCGUGGGCAGGUGAGGCCACACUAGGCACAGGGGAGUGGCCCUGUAGAGACUCUAAGUGCGGCUCCACAGUCCCUGCUGCUUUCUCCUGACUAGAACGACACACUAACAGCCACCAGCACCAAAGAAUUAAGUCAACUAACCUGCCUUGACUUUAGACCAGCAGUCCACAUGGCUUUAUCUGGUAUCAACUCUUCUGCCUUUGAUCAUUUCUGGACCACAGGAAAAAGGAAUAGUGAUUAUUACAGUUUUGGGCCACACAACACUAUUUUUACAUAAGUUUCUUAACCUAAAAGAAGGCUUCAUCUCUUCCCUGAGGGCUCUUGUUCAAAUGUUACCUUAACAUCACGUGACAGACUGUCGUCCACUGCCUCCUAAUGAAGACGUGUCUAACAGCCAGUGUGGGGCUGGGAACGGGAAGAGGGGAUUUAAACUUCUAUCAUAGGCAGAAGGUGUUUGGCAAAUCUUUGUUUUAUGUACUGUAUGAGUAACUUAUUCUUGAAUAAUGCAAAUUUUGCUACCGUGUACAAAUCGCUAUAUGUGAAUUAAAAAAGUUUUCAGAA